CAAUUAUUACUGAAAAUAAUGUCCAAGCUCGAUGACUUAUUUGAUAAAAAAAAAGAUGAAGCGCCUAUGCUAGACUUAUCAAAAGUUGUCAUAAAUACUGCUGAGGAAUACCGUGAAGUUUUGGACAAAGUGCCAGAUUUCAAAACGAGGCCGGAAAAGGUUAAGCUUGAAGAUAUUAAAAUUAAAGAUAAACCAGAAGAUCACAAAACAAAGACACCUAAAAAGGAAAUAAAAGCUUAUGAAAAACUAGGCACUCGUGGCUAUGAAGAAAAGCAAUUUACGUUUAUGGAUCCCAUACCAGUGGAAAUGCAAGGAUUAAAAUUCGAUGAACUUUGCGCAGUACCUAUUGAAUGGCGAAUGUUGACGUCCAUUAGACCGAAAUCUAAACUUGAUGAAGAGUAUUUUAAUAGAUUAAUAGAACUCGGCAAAUCCGAAUUAAGAACAAAAGCAAGAGAUAAGAGGGAAUAUGCGAAAAACAACAUGAUUAGAAAAACAAAGACUCGUUCGGGUGUGACUGAAACACGCAUCGUGUCAUGCUCUGAGUGCGGCGAAGAGUACUGCAAUGGUAAAAUGUGUACCAUAACAAACUACGACAUGUUCGCAAGGUUAAAGUUAGAAGUAGAGACGAAGACCAAUCGUGCGCAGGCGCCAACCGCACAAUUGAGCAAGAUGCGUCGCAUGCGCCGUCGCGUGCGGCGCAAGCCGCGCAGCAAGAGUGCCGCGCCCGCUUACAACAAACCAGGAGCCACUAAGCUUGGCGCUAGAAGUGACACUGAAAUUUAAACCUGAUCAGCAUAUACUUACAGUACAUCACAUCUCUGGUGUUUUUAUUUUAAUUAACAACAUAUGAUUGCUUUUAAAACUACCCAAAACAUUUGUUUUAUCAAUAAUACGGUUAAUGUUUUAUUGGAUAAAAACUUUGAAGAAUCUUAUUAGGUAUGUAACGGAUAGCAUACCGUAAACACAUAUGACUUUUAUGAGUCGGGCCGGAAAUUCGACUUGUCUCCAACCUAGAUCCGUGGCUACACGUAACUAUCAUACAAAUACUCGUUAAAAAUUCACCUGUACACUAUGACUACUGCAUACUGCUACGAAAACAACCGACAUAUAUGUAUGAAAUUACAAAAUUAAUACGCUAAGAAUUACAGCACGAGUUAGUUUGAUGAUGUCUUCAUUUAAAAGCUUUUAAUUCAUAUCAUUAAUUAUAUGAUAAAACAAA